CUGUCAAAACAUUUGACAAUUAUCUACCGAGUAAAGUGAUUGUUAAUCUAUCCGUAUUUUUCUACGCCAACUAACCAAAACCAGCAGCAAUAUAGUGGUCAAACACCACAUCAAGUUGGGAGAAAACGGCCCAAAGUUGUUAUUUUUCGUUUUAGUCAUCGUUGUCGGGCGUUUUUUGUGAUUUUUUCGACUACCUAUUGUUCUUCUGCCCCAGGAGUUUACCGAUAAAGAACAAAAUUUCACAGGUGGAAAAAAAGCCUCGAAGUUUUGUUUUUCCAUUUGCGUUUGAGGAGACUUUCAUUGCGAUCGGGAAAGUGUGAAAAUCGGAAUCGGAAGCUGACAAUGGCCGCAGAGAUUAAGCCCGCACCGCGUAGUGCAAAUGAUCGCUUCAGUACGACGAAAAAGCCGGAAUUGCUUAACAAGCUGGAGGGCUGCAAUGAUGACGUGAACGCAGCGCUACUGAUUCCCGGAGAGGAAGGUGUUAUCAGUGUUUGUGAUGACAAAACGAUUCGCGUGUGGUUGCGACGUGACUCCGGCCAGUAUUGGCCAUCGAUUUGUCAGUAUAUGCCAUCAGGAUGCACUUCUCUGUUCUACACACCGGAAACCAGAACACUCUUCAUCGGGCAGGAGAAUGGAACAAUUUCACAGUUUACACUGUCCGAUGAUUGCAACCGCUUGACACCGAUCCGGGAGUACCUAGCGCAUCAAGCACGCAUUACGAAUGUGAUUUUUGCCAAACACACCGGAUGGAUAUUGUCCGCUGGACGGGACAAGUUCUUUGUCUAUCACAGCACCGAAACUGGCGAACGUCUCGGUUGCUACACGUUCGAGGCCAUAUGCACAGCCAUGCAAUAUGAUUCCCUUUCUAAGUAUGCAUUCGUAGGUGAUUAUAGUGGCCAAAUUACAAUGCUGAAGCUGAGCGCAACUGGAGCGGCGGUGGUAACGACGAUGAAAGGGCAUGCUGGAUCUGUCCGAGCGUUAUACUGGGCCGAGGGACCACAGCUUCUGUUCAGCGGAUCGUACGAUCAAACUGUCAUCGUUUGGGAUGUUGGUGGCAAACGCGGAACGACAUACGAACUACACGGACACAAUAAUAAAGUUUCAGCGCUUACGUAUGGUAGCAACACGCAACAGCUGGUUUCGGCCGGCGAAGAUUCGGUGAUUGUGUUCUGGGAGAUGAAUGCCAUGCGUAAGGUAGCCCCGGAGUGGGUUGAAUCGGACACAUGCCAGCUUUGUACGAGGGCCUUCUUCUGGAAUCUGCGGGCCAUGAUCGACCAGAAGCAGAUCGGAAUCCGUCAGCACCAUUGUCGCUACUGUGGCAAGGCCGUGUGCGACAAAUGUUCGACCAACCGGAUCAACAUUCCCAUCAUGGGAUUUGAGUUCGAUGUGCGUGUGUGUGAGCAGUGCUUCCAGCGAUUGAAGAGCGAAGAGCGACCAUCCCUGGCGACAUUCCAUGACGCCAAGCACAGCAUCGUGGCGAUGGAUCUGGACGAGCCGAGAAAAAGACUGCUUACCGUCGGACAGGAUCGCAUCAUCAAGAUCUGGGACCUUUCCUCCAUUUGGCCUUAAGAGCUACGUCCAACUAUUGCAUUCACACAGUUUAGUUUUCGCGUUUCUAACCGCUUUGCACGUGAAGCCCCCCCCCCCUUUCUCAGUUUAAUAUUGGCCAGGUACGAGGAAGAUUUUGGAUUGCAGAAAUAAAAUUGUAUUAUCACUGUACUGUACUACACUCACACAUAUAAAUAUCGUUUUAAGCUUGGCUUUAUUUUGUUUAUAAUAGAUUACAAGUGAUUGAAGGUAACUAAAAUGUAGGGAACGUCGUGUAACAUAUGGAUGAAAAGUAACUAACUUUUUAUACUAUAAUUGGAAACUACUAGGUGAAAUAAAAUUCAUAAACGAAUGACAUCAUAGUUAAUAUUCGGCUACAAUACUAAAACUCACAUAUAUGAAGAGAACGAAAGUGGGGUCCGUGGGUGGUUACAGUAGCUAUACCAAAAUUUGUGCGAAGAGAGCCCGUUGUUUGUGUAGUUUAACUGUAAACUUUAACAAUAAAACUAUAAUGAUAGUAGCCAAUAAGACUUGAAUAACUAUUGUAAUGUAUGUUAGAUUUUCUGGAAACAAGUGGAAAUUUGAGUUAUCUGUCGACCUGAUGAGUUGUCCCCCUUUUUCAUUAGCUGUAUUCACUACAAAUACAGCGGUUUUUUGUUGUUGUUGAAGAGAUAAUACUUGGUUACUCUAUUCAUUGUUUAUGUAUCAAUAGAAGUUCUUCGCGUUUAAAGUUUGUGUUUCGAAUUUCCGGGAAAGUAUUGAACAUGGUUUCAUUGGUCUAUGAUUUCACGAGGAAUCACAACCCUUGUCUCUAGUAAUCAACGACUCGCGAACACUACAAGAUAGAGAGACGAGUUUUAGAGGUGUAAUUGGUGCUUUCAAUGUUCAUUGUAGGGAAGCGAAGAAACUGAAGACGUCGUCAGGUGAAGAACACAAAACUGUGACAAACUUAAGGGAAACAAAUCGAAUCCGAAACUUAUUCCGAGAGAUGUAAAAUAAACGUAGAAAAUACAUUAACAAAACGGCAUACAUGCAUGUAUAUUACACGAAAAUUAUAUUGUUAUGAUAAAUCAGAAGAUAAUAAAUAUAUCAUUCAUUCUUUCGUUUUUAAAAACAAA